AUGGUCUGUUUGCUAAGUACGACAGACUACGUUGCAUAUAUGAAAAAUGCUGCGUUGGAAAGUAUGUCUACUCAAAGCCGACCUACAGCUACUACGUCUAAUACUAACCUUUCCGAUUUGCCUCCCACAACUCAGGUUGAAGUACCUCAUGUUUCAGCACCGGAGUUGAGUGUUGAAGACGUAGCAGAAUAUUUGGAAAAGCAUAUUGAAGUGACUCGUACCAACUGGGCUGAGCUGAAUGAUGUAGAGGAACUCUGGAAGUUUUGUGAUGUUGUCAGCAAAAACCAUAAUGGGAUCCCAGACUCUUUGCUGAAAUAUGCAUUGUUAAACGUUCUUGAAGAUCAUCGUAAUAGGUUACAAAUACAGUGGAUGAGGAACCACUUGGAUGGACUUAUCAAGGCAUGGAAAAAGGAGGUGCAGGCAACAAAAACAGCCUCUCGUGAGGGCGCAGUAACAAUGAACGCUCCUACUUAUACUCCGCCAUCACCCGUUCAUCGUCGGAAUAAGCAUAAUAGGAAAACCCUCGUAAAUUUAAUGGGUGUUAGCACCCUUUUGAAAGCGGCAAGAACUGUUUUGGCUCUUGAAGAAGGCGAAGUAGAUGUUGACGAAGACGAGCAUGGUAUCUUUUCUGUGAAUGGGCAAGAAUUGACUUUUGAGAGUUGGGGUGAACUCUGUAAAGCAUCAUCUGCGAAGGAAAGCGAGCAGUACCCACACAUUUCACCAGAGUACAAAAGAAUGAGAUAUCAACGUAAAAAAGAAAUAAGAGAGAAGAAAAUGGAAGAUGAGAAAGUCAGGUUAAUGCAAGAAUCUAUGAAGCCUUUGGAGCAAGAACCUGAAAAAGGAAAGAAUAUUGCUGAAGAAACUCUAAAGGAAAGUGUGGCAGGUACCUCUACCGAACCGAACGAGAAUGUUAAAAAAAGAGAGUUAGAAGAAGGGGAAAUGUCAUCUGAAACUUCUUCAUCAUCGUCCUCACAGUCAUCUUCCUCAGAAGAAUCAUUAUCCUCAGCGCGAAAUAGGCGGAGAAAGCGACGAAGACACAAGAAGCAUAAUAGCAGCCUGCAGAUACCUGGUGCCGCAGCAAACCCUCAGUUUACUCAACUUUUAAGGCAAAUAUAUCAACAGCGUUUCAGUUUAAUACGAUCCUUGCAGCCUGCUCAAAAAAGUACUUUUGCAGCAGUACUGAACCAGAUCGUUUCUUCACCUCAGGGAAUGACCUCGGCACAAAGAAACGAGAUGAAUGCUUUUAUGAGUAAUUAUGCUACAAAUACUUUUCCUUCAAAAUAA